UACAUCUUGCCGUUAUGGAGGAAGGAAUAUUGAGGCAAAGAUACUAAAGAAUUCAUAUUAGUAAUUAACUGUAAAAUAAUUGAAAAAAAAAACUAACUUUUAAAUUCCUAGACACGAUGAAUUCCGCUAAUAUAUGCGUAAAAUUGUGAGUAUGGCAUCACUGACAAUUUAUCGACAACAAAGUGGCGUCGUGAGGCAUUAUCAGGACUGCUGAAGGAAAUUCAAUAGAUUCGGAAAUGGAUGUUAUUAAGGACGUUCCGUCAGACAGUGAUGCAGCUAUUAGGAACAAAACAAAUGGCACAGUGGGUGAUGCAGUAUGUGAGAACACUCCAUCCAAAAACAUGCCUAAUGAUGGAUCGAUGAUCGUGGAAUCUUUGAACGGUUCUACGCUAGAGGAAAAUAUGAGUUUUGGCAAUGACGUAGAAAACAACACACAUGAUGAUUCUUUCGGAAAUGAUAACUGUCAAACAGAGCACUCGGAAACGGUAAGGACAACAGAGUUUGUUGUCGUUCCAACUACGUCAAUAGCUCCUGAAAAGUUUUUUACAAAUGCUGAUGCUGACACUGACACUGGUAUUAAAGAUGAAUUGACUGAGCCCAUAACAGACGCUAUUCCUACGGGCGAAGCUUGUGAAAAUGAUCCCAUGGAUCUUUUGGUUCUAAAUAAUCGUAGUAACAGCUUAAAAUCAAACGAAGAGGAAGAGGGUGAUAAUGAGGAUGCCUUUGACGAUUACAGCUCGAUCGGUUCAACGUCCACACAUGGCACUCUUAAUUCAACGAAUAUCUCGGAAUGGUGUAAAGAAUUCCCUUGGCUAUUGUAUGAAGAAAGUGAUGAAUCUUUCGGCUAUUGCCUUUACUGCGAUGUUCGAUUAAGUGUGCGCUCGGCAUGCUAUAUCAAGCAACAUAAUAUGUCCCUAUAUCAUAAGGAAAGGAGCGACAAUUACUUAUCCUUUAAAGAGGAGGAAGAAAGGAAUCGUUUCGGAACGCCGUUGUUUGAAAUAAAACAGGAGAUUGGAACCGACAGCUACGUAGCUGCCUUGAAAUUGAAACGCAAAACCCAAGCUGAAGCACUGAACAAUUUCAAUUGGCGACGUUGGCUGGAAGAAUAUCCAUGGCUGGAGCGUGACAGCGCAACAGGCACCAUUGGCAUCUGUAAGUACUGCAAUGUUCGCAUUAAUGUUGAAUUUUCCUAUCUACGAACGCGACAUCAGGAAACAUCAAAACACAAGGAGUUCGAGAAGGAAUACAACAGUUCGGGCCAGAGAGAUGGUUCUUUGAAUAAAUCCGACGACUUUCAAAACAACACCAAAAGCAACGAAGACAAUGAUUUUCGCUGUAAGUCUGCUCAAGACGAAUUCGCUGUACUGCGCUGUAAAAUAUGCGAUAUAACAGUGGCGAAAAAUAAUUUUAAGCGACAUCUACGUACAAAUCUGCAUCUUAAGCGCGAAUCGGAAUAUGUUAAAAGUAAUAAGGCAAGGAAAUCGAAAAAAACCAAUUCAACUGAUAAUGAAAGUCAGGAGGUUUCUUCCAAAACAUCACACGAAUGGCAUCUGUAUACAAAACAACAUCCGUGGCUGAUUGCGGAUCCGUCUGAUAAAACACAGGCCUACUGUAAAUACUGUGAAAAGCGGCUAAUAUAUGGUAACUCAGCAGCGAAACGCGCUACACAUGAGAACAGUGUUUUUCAUAAAAAUCAAGAAAAAAAUAUUAAAGGCCAAUUGAAUGAGAGCAGAGGAGGAGAGAAGUCGAAUAUCGUCGAAAAUAGUGAAGAGGAUCAAAACAAUGGAGAUGAGUCAGAUGAAGAAGGAAAUACAGAAGCCGAAGAUGGAAAUGACCCUCAGGAGGAGAAUGACGAAGCGAGUGAAGAAUCGGAAGAUGAAGAGAAUGAUGAUAACGAUAAAAACCAUGAAGAUGAUGAGGAGGACGAAGAAAAUGAAGAGGCGGAAACUGACGAAGCCCACGACCAAGAGGAGGACAAUAAAGCAGAUGAAUCAAGGAAACGUAUUUUUCGCAAUGAUUCCGAGUGGUACAAGCAGUAUCCCUGGUGUAAGAAGUAUAAACCGGACCCCUUGAAAUACUGCUUCUGCAGCUUUUGCAAGAUUGUUAUUAGUAAAAGGUGCAAUCGUAUGAAACACAGCCAGACGGGACGCCAUGUAGCGGCAGAGGCAGAAUAUUUAAGGAAGCACCGUCAAAAGAAAAAUCUGUACUUGUUAAAAAAGCCUAACGAGACUUUCGAAUGGGCCGUGGAUAUCAAAUCACAGCCAAGUUUGUACUAUUGCAAGUAUUGCCGCGUUCGUAUUUCGAGGCGUUACAGCAAGAAACAACAUUCGAUUAGUAAAAUCCAUCAAAUAAAUGAAAAUUUAUUCAAAACUAGUAGAAGAAAGCCGGUCAAACAGGAGAAUAAUAUUGUAACACAGCAAACGAGCCUGAAACGGCAAGAAACGCCGCCAUUGUCAAAAGUGGAAAAGGUACCGUCGUUAAUAACUCUCAUCAAGCAAUGGCAAAAGAAGUUUCUGUGGUUGUCGUACAAACGUUCGGAGAGCCGUUCUAACUAUGCAUUUUGUAAAAUUUGCGAGCAAUCGGUUUACGUGCGCACCAUAAAGAGUGUAAUAAAACAUCAGCGAUCCGGCAAACACAUUCGCACUACCAAUCAGCUUCGACGGCAGAAACUACAGCAACAACGCGAGGAACAGGAUGAAGCGAACCACAAAAUCAUAGCGGAUGUAGGAAAGCGGGAGAUUAAAACAACCAAAGCCAAGGAUACAUCACCAAUAUCAAAUGCUGGUGAUAAAACUCCUGAAGUGAAGAAGUCUCAAAGUGAAAUUGCUGUUUCGAAUAUAAUUGAUGAAAUGCAAAAACGAUACUCAUGGUUAAAAAGAUCUUCGAAACCCAACUGUGGGCACUGCCCCUAUUGCAAUGAAAACGUCUACCUUAAGCCAAUGUUUUUAAAAAAUCACAGUAAUUCAAGAAAUCAUCGUCAAUCUGUCGUAAAAUACCGUAUAAAUGUCGCUAAAGGAGAAAAACGACGGCAUAGCGAAUCGAACGCCACCUCUGAAGAUGUUGAUGAUGGUGAUGAUGUCAUUUUGAUUGAAGACAACGCAGAAGAAAUUUUAAUAUCUGAACAAGAUGAUAACUGGACGGUUAAGUCGGAAAAUAUGGAUGAGCACGAAGCAUUAGAUUUUUUGCUGCAGCGUUCGGGCAAGUCGGCUGAAAAUACACCGCCACAUGGCCGGCCUUCGAAGAGAGCAAAAAAAUGUAGUCCAUUCCACCGACUUAAUGAAAACAGCGCUUCAUUAGUUGCCAGUAUCUUGUCUACACCAUUAACUUUGGCCUCAUGCCUAGGUCCACUGAUACAACAACAAAUCCAACAAGCAACAAGUUCACAAAUUCAACAAUCGCCCACGAUAGCUCAGCCCUCGACUUCCGCUGUCGGUUUGCCGCAACAGGAAAACUCUUUAGACUUAUUUUUCAAAAGUGUCAGUGAAACUAUGAAGAAUUUUCCCACCGAUUUGGCAGCCGAGGGCAAAGUGAAAAUAAUGCAAAUUAUUUGUGACUUAGAGUUGAAGGCCUUAAAAAGACAACAGCAAUGUACUGCAGAUAUCAUUGCUGCUCCGAAUGACAGCAGUUCGAAUCUAGCAAAUAAUUCACCAGCAGCGUUGAAUAUUUCUGUAAGCGACCAGUCGGAACAUUCCGAAGCGAUUACAAAUAAGACAACAUACAACAAUUCCCCCGCUCCUUCCCAGCCAAUCGAUCAGACAGGUACUGAGACCAUUUUAACUCCAAUAACCGGCGAAUCAUCAGUAAAUGGUCCACAUUCGAACCCAAAAUCAUCUCUGACAAACACCAAUGUGGCCUCUAAAACAUUAACGAAGGAGUCAAAUAAGGACUCCCACACGAAUGCCAAUCAGCAGCCACCUAUUAUUGGUCUAAUGGAUAAAAAUGGUCUUCAUACCCUGCAAUUUAAGAAUUCUGCAAUUGUUAAGCAAAUCACUAAAUCGGGUUUAAAUCCCACGAACAAUACGAUGUUAUCUACCUCUGCGAUUCGCUGCAUACCGCUUAAGAAUUUGUCACAUAGCGCUGGGCCAGAGGCAAAUGCAAAGUUCACACGCAUUCAAAUGCCAAUAGCACCAUCCACUACUACUUCUGUCCACAGUCCCCAGAGUUCUCCCAACAUUAGUGUAUCGGAAAGAUCUAAAGCAGGAAUGGUCAACGUUCGUAGCAUUCAAAUAGCAAAAAGGCCCAAUUUGGUGCAACAAACGACAGCUACCUCAACAGUGACAACCAACAGUCUUUCGAGCAAAAGCCCAAAUUGCAACUACACAGUGACAACACAAAAUAUUCAACGUUUUUCCCAGAAUCCGAAUGUCUCUAUGAAUAAUCAAAUUGCAGUUAAUAACUAUAACGUUUCGCGACAGAAAACACCACCAACUUCAAGAAGCUACCACAGCUAAUUUCCAAUGCAAAGAGGAGUACUUUUAUAUUUUUCAUCUAAAAUUUAAACAUUUUUCUCUAAGAAAAACAGAAAUACGAAUUAUUCUUUAAGAUUUUGUUAUUA